AAAAUAAAAAAAAGAAACGACGAAUAUGGACGUAAUUUUUCAGCGAAAACAUAUGCUUUGGGACCCACACUUUCACAUUUCAACUUUAUCAUCACACCGAAACACUAAACACCAAAAUCCCCGACAAAUUUAAAGAAAAAUUUUCCAAUUUUUUUGUUUACUCUAUCUCUCUGUGAGAUUCUCUCUUCAAGCUCAGGCCUUUAGGCUUUAGGUUUCUUUUGGGAGUCUCCUUGAGCUCUGUAAUCACUCUCUAGAACCUAUUUUGCCUCCUAAUGUUAGUGGGGUGUUGUACUGGAAUCUUUAAGAUGAACCAAGGAAGAUGAGUCUCUCACGGUCUUACAAAAACCAAGUCUUGGAAUGAGGAGCUGUCCACUGUUGUAAAGUAAGUCAUUAACAUGGGAUCAUUUGCUGGUUCCUGUGAAAUUGUUGAGGAGAAGGAUGUGGUCAGGUUGGCCAAACAUUCUAGCAGAUAUUGUAUGUCACCUUUGGGAUCAAGUAAAGAUAUGGAGCAGCGUCCUGCACUCAAGUCAGGGUACCAAGGUUCUAUGGAGUAUGAUAUUGAUCAGCUUUUCCAGUCUAUAACUAUAAAACCAUCACCCAGACGAGUGAUGGGCUCUUCUUUCCAUCAUCUUGAGACGAGCGCAAGUGCUGGUACUAGCAGGAGCACAAGCCCUUCAAAAAAAUGCGCUAUGAAAAAGCCCUAUCCCAUGGGAACCCCUCGAUCACCAAGAGUUGGCCCCUCUGAUUCAAUAUCACUGAAGCAGGCUCUGAGAGAUCUUUGCAUCUCCAAGGCAUCAGAAAUGGCUUCCCAGAAACGUUUAUCAAAAUCUGCUGCUGCAUCUCCGAGGGUUUCUGAAGCAGACAGGAUAAAGAGUCUUUACAGACAAGUUUUAAGUGAAUCUACCGGCAGGUCUGGGCUUCCUGUGGAUAAGGGUAAAAGCUUGGUUGAAAUAUCUUUGACGCCGGUAAACGAUAUACCCAGCUCCUCCCAGAGUGUACCUCAGCGGUUUGAUGUCCUUGAGACAGAGCCUUUUAACUUCAUUUCUGAACCAUCUCAGGCUGAAAUCCUUCUCCACGUACUUGGAAAUAGCUCGGGAUUAAAGACAGUGGGAUAUGAAAUGCUGGAGAAUGCAUCAAUGUGUAAAUCCAACAAAUCUGGAUCUUGUCUCAGUUCUGGCAGUGGAGAUUAUGAGAUAGAGAUAGAUGAGAAUCCUACAUCUCCUCCUCAUGUGGUCAUUGAAGAUCAAUUGGUGGAAAUAGACAAACAUGUUACCUCACUGCCUUCCUGUUCUGGCAGCAAAGUUGAUGCUGAAGAGCUAGACAGGAGCAUCGUCUCAUCAGCUAGAGUGAAAAGUGAGCCAACCGCUUUGGGCUCAGGGUUAAAAGGAAAGUUGGAUAACUCACCUAGUUCAGGAACAGAGAAGAGCAAACCGGUAAGCAAGGUAACAAGAAAUAUCCCACGUCCCAAACCGCGGCCAAAGAAGAAGAUAUUGCUUACAAAGAAGCUAAAAAUUGUUGUAGCUUCUGCUACAAAAAUGGUCGAGGAAGUCGAUACUUCCUUAGAGCCUAGUGCAAGUCAACUUCUGUGCCAGAGAUGCCACUGUGCGGUAAAGAGCACCAGCACUGAAAACCACCCGCCCUCUAAUACUAGUCAUAGUACUGAUAAGAGUGUUAGUAUAGAAGCAGAUCAAGAAUCACUCGCAAACGCGCGUCUCAUUCGCAUUGUGAAGUGUAAUAAAGAGGCCAACAAGGGUUCCUCUGAUUCUUGUGAGGUUAGUGAUAGCGGUGAAGCUGUUAUUGUCAAGAAACAAGAAGUCUCUCCAAGCAAUUAUAGUGGAAAAGGUGAUGCGGAUGAACAGAUAAGAGAGAAUCCAAAUUCCAACGAAAAAUUUGAAUUCUCGUUGAGCUCAAAGAAUAGCCUAGGGGAUUAUAGCAGCAGCACAAGCAUGAGUGAGGAGAGCAAUCUGAGCAGGAUUAGCUGUGGCAAUAAACCUCACAUGUCUAUGGAUGUGAGAUGGGAAGCAAUUAAGCAUGUUAAGUUGCAGUAUGGCUCUCUAGGACUCCGACAUUUCAACCUUUUGAAAAAGCUUGGUUGUGGAGAUAUCGGAACAGUCUAUCUUGCUGAGCUGGUUGGUACAAACUGCCUGUUUGCCAUAAAGGUCAUGGACAACGAGUUCUUGGCCCGAAGGAAAAAGACACCAAGGGCACAGGCAGAACGGGCAAUCCUUAAAAUGUUGGACCAUCCUUUUCUGCCUACCUUGUAUGCGCAAUUUACUUCAGAUAAUUUAUCGUGUCUGGUGAUGGAGUAUUGUCCUGGUGGUGAUCUUCAUGUCCUGAGGCAGAAACAGCUCAGCAGGUGUUUCUCCGAACCCGCAGCUAGGUUCUAUGUAGCAGAAAUCCUCCUUGCGCUAGAGUACUUACACAUGCUUGGUGUUAUAUACCGAGAUUUGAAACCAGAGAACAUUCUAGUCCGAGAAGAUGGUCACAUCAUGCUUACAGAUUUUGACCUCUCACUCAGAUGUGCGGUGAACCCUACUCUUCUCAGAUCAACUUCUCCACCCGAGAAAGAUCCCGCAAGGAUGUCGGGUCCAUACAACACAUCCAAUUGCAUACAACCUCUAUGUAUUGAACCAUCAUGUCGAGUCCCAUGUUUCAGCCCUAGGCUCUUAUCAACCCAAGCUAGAAACCAAAAACCAAGAAAACCGAAAAGGCCUGAUCUUUUGACACAACAGUUCAGAUCAUUGCCUCAGCUUGUGGCUGAACCAACCGAAGCAAGAUCAAAUUCGUUUGUGGGAACGCACGAGUACUUGGCCCCAGAGAUCAUUAAAGGAGAAGGACAUGGUGCUGCAGUAGACUGGUGGACAUUCGGGGUCCUUCUCUAUGAGCUUUUGUAUGGGAAGACACCUUUCAAAGGUUACGACAAUGAGGAGACACUGUCCAAUGUUGUAUACCAGAACCUCAAGUUUCCUGAUAGCCCGCUCGUGAGCUUCCAGGCAAAGGAGUUGAUCAGAAGGCUGCUGGUGAAGGAUCCAGAGAGUCGUCUCGGGUCUGAGAAGGGAACUGCAGAGAUCAAAAGACAUCCCUUCUUUGAAGGAUUGAAUUGGGCUCUCAUCCGAUGCGCCAUACCGCCUGAGCUGCCAGAUAUCUAUGACAAUGGUGCCACGGAAGCGACUUCUCCUGAGGGAAAUAAUAGGUAUCUUGAAUGUAAAGCCAUCGGAGAUCAUCUCGAGUUCGAGUUGUUUUAGAGGAUAGUGAAAGACAAUAAGGUCUAAGCAGACAGUAAACUUUUCUGUUAAGCUAUUAAUCUAUUUAUUCUGAGUCUUCUAAUAGGUUAAGUUUUGCCUCUCU